UCAUUUCCUGCCACUUCACCGCCAAUUUACACGCUUUUCUCCGUCUGAAGGCAACGUGAAAUUUGCAGUCAGCGCAAGUAUAAGUAUAAAAUAAUAUGUUUAUAUUAUUUCCACACAACUUCAGAGACUUUAAAGUUAAACUGAAUCGUUCCCCUGCUUCCUGCAAACUGCACUGACAGUUUCAUCAGCAGCUCGUGCAAUGAGGGGAGGAGUCGUGCACAUGGAGAGCCCACCUCUGUUUAAAAGUAUGUUUGACAAAUGAAAGAUAACCAGGUCAAAGAAGAUACACAAGAGUCAAUUGAAGGCGUUUUACAAGACAGGUGCAUUCACGGGACAAGCUAAACUGUGACUCCGAGGCUAAGCAGAAAACUGAACAUGCUGCUGGUAAGGCUUGGGAUCUGCUUGAGGACAUCUCAGGAUAUCCAGAGACACGUAUGCUGGUUACUCACGAGACCACUGACACAAGUUGCCAAUGGUAGAGCUCAUUGUAGUUCCUUUGCACACCGCGGUGAACUGCGCAAGGCCAAAAGGAUCGUAGUGAAGCUCGGCAGUGCUGUGGUCACCCGUGGAGAUGAAUGUGGCCUGGCUCUGGGGAGGCUGGCCUCCAUUGUGGAGCAGGUGGCCAUGCUGCAGAACCAGGGCAGGGAGAUGUUGAUCGUCACCAGCGGAGCUGUGGCUUUUGGCAAACAAAGAUUAAGACACGAGAUCCUGCUGUCCCAGAGUGUCCGACAGGCGCUGCACACAGGACACAACCAGCUGAAAGACAUGUCUUUGCCAGUGCUGGAGGCCCGGGCCUGUGCUGCAGCUGGACAAAGUGGCCUCAUGGCUCUGUAUGAGGCCAUGUUCACCCAAUACAGCACUUGCACUGCACAGGUUCUGGUGACAAAUCUGGAUUUCCAUGAUGACGAGAAGAGGCAGAACCUAAACAGCACGCUGCAGGAACUGCUGCGAAUGAACAUCGUGCCUAUCAUCAACACCAAUGACGCUGUGGUGCCCCCGCCGGAGCCCAACAGCGACCUUCAGGGGGUAAAUGUGAUCAGCAUUAAGGACAAUGACAGUCUGGCAGCGCGGCUCGCCGUAGAGAUGAAGGCUGACCUGCUCAUCGCGCUGUCUGACGUGGAAGGACUGUACAACAGCCCCCCUGGAACAGAUGAUGCAAAGCUCAUUGACAUCUUCUAUCCUGGAGACCAGCAGUCAAUCACUUAUGGAACAAAGUCUAGGGUGGGGAUCGGAGGUAUGGAGGCUAAGGUCAAAGCUGCUCUCUGGGCUCUGCAAGGUGGCACCUCAGUGGUCAUUGCAAACGGCACCAACCCCAAAGUGACAGGUCACGUCAUCACUGACAUCGUGGAGGGCAAGAAGGUUGGAACUUUCUUCUCUGAGAUCAAACCUGCAGGACCAACUGUGGAGCAGCAGACCGAAAUGGCACGAAACUCUGGAAGAACCCUGGCAGCUCUGCACCCAGAGCAGAGAGGUGAGAUUAUCUGCCAUCUAGCAGAGCUGCUGACUGAAAAGAAGGAUGAGAUUCUGGCUGCCAACAAGAUGGACAUGGACCUAGCUGUAAAUGCAGGCCAGAUGCCACAAGCCAUGAUAAAGCGUUUAAGCUUGUCACCAUCCAAACUGAACAGCUUGGCCAUAGGUCUGCGUCAGAUUGCUGUGGCUGCUCAGGACAGCGUGGGUCGCGUUCUCCGCAGGACCAGGGUGGCUCACAACCUGGAGCUGGAGCAGAUCACUGUGCCCAUUGGAGUUCUUUUGGUCAUCUUUGAGGCCCGACCUGACUGCCUGCCCCAGGUGUCAGCGUUGGCCAUAGCCAGUGGCAAUGCCCUCUUGCUGAAGGGAGGCAAAGAGGCAGCCAACACCAACCGUGUCCUCCACCAGCUCACCCAGGAGGCCCUCACCAUGCACGGAGUUACAGACGCUGUGCAGCUGGUGAGCACUCGAGAGGAGGUGGAGGAUCUGUGCCGACUUGACAAGAUGAUUGACUUGAUCAUCCCUCGAGGUUCAUCCCAGCUGGUGCGGGACAUUCAGCGGGCAGCAAAGGGCAUCCCUGUGAUGGGUCACAGCGAGGGAAUCUGCCACGUCUACGUGGAUGCGGAGGCCAGCAUCGACAAAGUCAUAAAAAUUGUCAGAGACUCCAAGUGUGACUACCCAGCAGCAUGUAAUGCCAUGGAAACCCUGCUCAUCCACAGAGACACCCUCAGAACUCCACUGUUUGACCAAAUCAUCGACAUGCUGCGCACUGAGCGGGUGAAGAUUCACGCAGGCCCUCGCUUCGCCUCCUACUUGACAUUCAGCCCAUCUGAGGCAAAGUCUCUGCGGACAGAGUAUGGUGACCUGGAGUGCUGCAUGGAGGUGGUGGACAGCAUGCAGGAGGCUGUGGAUCAUAUUCACAAGUAUGGCAGCUCCCACACAGACGUUAUCAUCACAGAAAAUGAGGACACAGCAGAGCAGUUCCUGCAGCAGUUGGACAGUGCCUGCGUUUUCUGGAAUGCAAGCUCACGUUUCGCUGAUGGCUAUCGCUUUGGACUCGGAGCAGAAGUAGGAAUUAGCACGGCUCGUAUCCACGCCCGGGGCCCUGUCGGCCUGGAGGGGCUGCUCACUACAAAGUGGGUUCUGAGAGGUGAUGGGCAUACAGCAGCCGACUUCUCUGAGCAGGGUACGAUGAAGUACCUCCAUGAAAGCCUGCCUGUUGGGCAGCCUCUUGCUGGGCAGAGGGACAGCAACUAGACCAGAGAAAAACUCAAGACUCUAAUAGUUUUAAUGAUGGUCAAAAUGGUUUGUGUUACCCACCACAAGCUCCCAAAUGGGCUACUUUGUGGGUUGUUACUCAUGUCAGUGUUUAAAACUUGUGAAGCACAAAGCAUGGAGAGAGACACUCAACACAUGGAUGGUCCGAUUUAUCAGCACAACCAGAAAGCUCUCCUGAUUCGGACUAAAAUGUCAUUCAUGGAUUCAGAGUUUACAUAUGUUUUAAAUUCUACCUCGGCUUAUGAUGCUUUAAUAUAAGUAAGGUAAGUCACCCUCAUGGCCUGCUGCAAGAGGAUCACAACAUGAAAUACCUCCACAAUUAUGCAUUAAUCCAAACCACUGUUUCUUUCUUCAAGACAAAAAAUGCAAAUGUCAUGUGGCAAAAAAACAACUUGAAGUUCUUCAUUUUUAAAACGCAUUCUCAGGACAGUAAUGCAUAAAAACAUUAUUGGAUUUCAUCAAUAAAUGUAAAUAACAAAGAAGAAAGUCAGAAUCUUCUGAGACAACACUUUUAAAAUGUUCUUAAUUUGAAAGUCUGUUGUACAAAGCUCUUUGAAAUGUAACAUGAAGGUAAGUGCAUAGUAUUGAAGUGAUGGUCACUUUGUGUCUUUAUCUCUAAAGGCUUUAGUUUACUGAAAAUUAUAUAUUAUCUAGACAUUAAACCAGCUUUUAUACUGAAGGCCCAGUACAUUUCCGCUGAUUACAAUGGCUGUUAUCCUCUGAAAGUGCCCUCUUUUUUUAAUUUGAUAUCAUCUAUCUUUUCUCUUGCUGAUGCACAUGGUUCAGUUCUCUGUAUUCUUGUGAAUGUACAGUAACUUUAAAAGACGGGGUGCUGAUUUAGAUCAUUUCAGACAUAAACAAAUCAUCAAAAUUUGACUUUUUAUUGUAGAAAUCUGUUUGAACGAGUCCAGGUUUUUUCACAGAGUUUCAAAUUCCCUGCAAGAUUCACAGUAUUACAAACAUUCAUUUGAAAGUGUCACAAACAUGCCACAUUUAUCAUAUCACAAUAUAAGUUGAAAUUCACUACAUCUGAUGAGCAUCCAUUUUUAUUUACCAUAUUCUGUUUGUUUGAUCAUUCUUACAUGUUGUUCUCAUUUUUCCAUUGCUUUACUGCUUUCCUGCUUGCUCCUUGUGGCGCCCAAAGCCUCUGUCAGAGCAGGAACAGUAAUUGACAAGCUGCCUCCUUCGAGCUGGAGGGGAGAGCGCGACUGUUUUCAAAUUAAGCUUUGUAACAUUCCAGCCUCUGAGCUCUUAUCUGAUGUCUUGCAUUGCAACACUUAAGGAUUGGUAUGGGUUGUUUAAUAGCACUACUGUAGAAUAAAAAUGUGUUGAAAAGA